AUGAGUGAAAGUUGUAACAUACUCAAACGGAGAAGUUCCUCUUUUACUUAUUCUAAAAAGCCAGAUUAGUCUUUUGAUAUAUCAAGAUUAUCUACAGCAAUUAAUAGCUCAUAAAAAGGAGCAAGCCCAAGAUCACUUAAUAAAUAUUUUUAUGAUUCAAGUAACUAUUACCUUUUGACAGAAAACAAUUCUUUCUAAUCAAAAAGGUUAAAUGGAUUAAGUGAAAGUAUCAGUAAACAUAGCAAAAGCUUUGUCACUCCAAAAUAACUUUUUACUGAAAAUAGUUAUAAUGAAAGCAAAGGUAAAACUUAAGAUAGAAUGAGUAAAAACACAUUAACUUAUUGUGAUUGUUGUAAGCAUCAAACGAAUAAUAAUAAAAUAAAUAAAAAAAUGAGCGAAAUUACUAAAAAAGCUCCUAUGAGAUCGUCAUCAGAAGCCAAGGGAUAGCAAUAAUCCAAAAAUUUUCCUUAAUAAAAAAAGAAAAACAAAGUAAAAAAACAGGUUGCACAAACUGAAAAAAAAGAUCUUAUAAAAAAGAUAGAUAGAUUGGCAACUUAAAUAUAAGCAGAAGAACAUCUUUAAAAAGAAAAUGAGAUGAAUUUCAUAUUAAAUGUUGCUUCAAUCAAAGCUAAAAUAGAUCAAGUGCAACAGUAGAGAAAGUAGAGUUUUUCUAACUCGUUAAAUAUUCAUGAAUCUGCAAAAAAUUAACUAGAAUAAAAAACUUAAGAAUUUUAUGACUUAUAAAAAAAAUUUUAAUCAAUGUAUACAGGGAUUGUAGAAAAGCAUAAUUAAGACUAAGUUAACUGGUCUCUUACUUAUACUAAUUUACUUAAAGAUAAAUCAAACUUAAAGAAAAAUAUUUUAAUCAAAUCAAAAUUAAGAUGA